GGCCUAAGGCUCGCCAAACACUUCACCAUGGCAACUUUCCAAGAGGCCACUGCGGUCAAGAUCGUCGACUCGCACACGUAUUCCGCCCAUUUCCACAGCGAGUGGUGCGUCGGUUCAGUCCCUCAUGGUGGCUACGUGACCUCUUGUUUUCUGCGCGUCGCGGCAGAGCACUUUCGUACCACUCUCGCCGCGCAAAACCAGCCGCACACGAUAACGCUUCAUUCCGAGUUCCUUCGCCGCACUCAGCAAGGGCCCGCCCUCUUUAAGGUCAGGGACGCGAAGCUCGGCCGCCAGACGUCAGUCAUCCACGUCUCGUUGACGCAAGAUGACCGCGAAGAGGUCGUCAGCUACAUCACCAAUUCCAACAUGAACACCGAGCAGGGCCUAACGUUCGAAACAAACUGGUCGCUACAGCCGCCGCCGCCGGCGGUCGACCUUGCGCGGCUGGUGAAGGGCGAGGAGAAGACCUGGGCGGUAAAGCCCAAUCCGUUCCCCAAGUUUCGCAAGGUCCUUGAACAAGUGCAAAUGUACCUGCCGCGCGACGGUCAGGUCAUGGGCAGUCUGGCCGACGAAUGGUUGCAUAUGAAGAAUGACGAGAAGUUUACAAAUGCGAGCUUAGGUCUGGUAUGCGACCUCUUCCCCGCGCUCAUCGAGGCCCUGAGCAUCACCGACAAAGAGUCCAAGCUGUACUGGUUUCCGACCUUGCUGUUGAAUUUAGACAUCAAGAAGUGCCUGCCCGAGGAAGGUGUAGACUGGUUGUUUGUCCGUGUGAGAGCGAAGCAGAUCAAGAAUGGACGACAGGACCUGGAGGUCGUUGUUCUGGACGAGAACGCGGAUAUCGUUGCGUUAAGCCACCAUGUCGCGCUCAUUCUGCCUGCCGAGAGGAACACCGCUGAGCGCCGAAAGAAUACCGGUAGUAAGAUCUAGACCGCCUCGACAUUCGAGAUACUUGGAUAUGGUAGAUUUAAGGAUAUAGAGAAUUGCUGAUUGAUUCGAUACGAGGCUGUAUUAGCUCAGCACUCGUCC